AUGGCCAUCGCCUUCUUCUAUCCGGCGUCUGGGACCGACUCAAACCACCUCGGCCUGUUAAGAUUGUUUCGGGGGACACCGAGAGAUAAGCUUCUCCAAGACGACGGGGCAGACGGUGAACAGCCAGAUAUUUCUCCCGUUGUGGAGCUGCACCCUAAUUUAGUCGGUCUGCCUACCGAUCGCAUGGACGAUGUGGCCACACGAGCACCGAGAAUUAGGCGAGGAAAGGGCAUGCAAUGUGUUAGCCCUACCGUUUACCAUACAGGCAUGGUAGAUGUCAGUGGCGCCCUUGAUCCUGUAACGCGCUUGUCAGUAGACGGGGUGUCCAUACAUGCAUACAUAGUAGCAGUGGCGGCCCACGGCGGACCAACAACAUGGAAUCAGGACAUCCCUGGCACUCACAACGCCUUGUCUCAGGGUCAUGGAGAUACUGCCCGCUUCGGUGGCUAG